GAGAGACAGAUAUAGAAAUAGAGAUAGAUAUUUGAGGAGUGGAGAGAAAAUCAAGUUGUUUCUCUCUCUCUCUCUCUCUCUCUCUCCCCCCUCAAUUUGGGUAUAUUUUCUGUCUCACUCAUGCACUCUUUUUGAGCCAGUUUUCUGACUGACCGUCUGUCUGUCUGGUUGACUCAACCAAUCCCUUCCCAACCAACCCAUCCUCUCUCUCUUUCUCGCCUUCUCUCUCUCUCUUUGUCUUUAUCCAACUAGUGUGAGUCGGUCGUCGUGUUACUCUCGUAAUUGUCCCUUGUCCGUGUCCGGCGGCGUGUCGCGCGGUUAGUUCCUCUCGUACGUCAACGGUUAAACAACCAACAACGACGACGACGACAACGACGAGGACAACUACGACGACGAGAUGAUCGUCAGAGUGACCUUGGUGUGUUUCCUGCUGGUGGUGGUCGGUUUACCGAUAAAGUCAAAAGCAGAAGCAGAUGCCUCCCCCAAUCCUCAUCCUCAGCCCCAGCCACGUCCUCGUGCAAGGCCCGUGCCAAUUUACUCGAAUCAGUUCGCGGUUCACAUACCGGAAGGAUCCGAUGCUGCUGCUGAGAUUGCUGAGAAACAUGGAUUUGAUAAUCAUGGACAGAUUGGUUCAUUGAAAAAUUAUUUCCUAUUCUCUCACAAACGAUUGAACAAGAGAUCGUUGACGGAAAGUGAACCACAUCACAAAGUACUGAGAGACGAGUCACGGGUACAUUGGUUCCAACAACAACAUGAGAAAAAACGUAAGAAGAGAGAUUUCGAAGCAACGUCAUUCGCAACAUUUGGCGAUUAUCCGCCAUUCUUCGAUGAUUUCGGACCAAGACCUAGACAGGCGUCUUAUCAUCGUCAAAGAAAUCGGGGUGUACCUUUUCAAAACUUAUUCACCGAUCCUUUAUUCAAAGAACAAUGGUACCUGAACGGUGGCGCCAAAGAUGGAUACGACAUGAAUUUAGGGCCAGCAUGGCAAAAGGGUUACACUGGUAAAGGAGUGGUAGUUUCCAUAUUGGAUGAUGGUAUUCAAACGAAUCAUCCUGAUCUUGCUUUGAACUACGAUCACGAGGCUAGUUAUGACAUCAAUGAUAAUGACUCGGAUCCAAUGCCACGAGACAACGGGGACAACAAACAUGGAACUCGUUGUGCUGGUGAAGUGGCAGCUGUUGCUUUUAACCAAUAUUGUGGCGUUGGAGUUGCAUAUAAUUCUAGCAUCGGAGGCGUGCGAAUGCUCGAUGGCCCGGUAAACGAUGCCGUCGAAGCCAGAGCACUAGGAUUGAAUCCUGAUCACAUAGACAUAUAUAGUGCUUCUUGGGGCCCCGAGGACGAUGGGAAGACAGUAGACGGUCCUGGUCCUCUAGCUAGAAGGGCUUUUAUUUACGGUGUAACAAGCGGUCGCAAAGGAAAAGGUUCGAUAUUCGUGUGGGCAUCCGGUAAUGGUGGUAGACACACGGACUCGUGUAAUUGCGAUGGCUACACUAACAGCAUCUUCACGUUGUCGAUAUCGAGCGCAACUCAGGGUGGUUACAAACCGUGGUACUUGGAAGAGUGCAGUUCUACGUUGGCCUCUACGUACUCGUCGGGAACACCGGGCAAUGAUAAAAGCGUUGCAACCGUCGACAUGGACGCUAAAUUACGACCCGAUCACAUAUGCACCGUUGAACAUACCGGUACAUCGGCUUCAGCACCAUUGGCAGCCGGUAUAGCAGCAUUGGCAUUAGAAGCUAAUCCAAGUUUAACCUGGAGAGACAUGCAAUACCUAGUAGUCCUAACUUCGAGAUCGGAACCCCUGGAAAAGGAACCCGGAUGGAUACUAAACGGUGUCAAGAGAAAAGUAUCACACAAGUUUGGGUAUGGUCUUAUGGAUGCAGGUGCUAUGGUCAGUCUAGCUGAACAAUGGACCAACGUGGCACCACAGCAUAUCUGUAAAUCCGACGAAAUAAACGAAGAACGGCCCAUCGAUCCAACUUACGGAUAUACAUUGAGCGUUUAUAUGGACGUUACCGGUUGUGCAGGUUCCUUAAACGAAGUUCGUUUUCUCGAGCACGUACAGUGCAAGGUAUCACUGAGAUUCUUCCCGCGAGGUAAUUUAAGGUUACUGUUAACCUCACCGAUGGGUACAACGUCGACUUUACUCUUCGAAAGACCACGCGACGUCCUUAGUUCCAGCUUCGAUGAUUGGCCAUUCCUCAGCGUGCACUUUUGGGGCGAAAAAGCAGACGGACGUUGGACAUUGCAGAUCAUUAACGCCGGAAAUCGGCACGUCAAUUCCCCAGGUAUACUGAAGAAGUGGCAGCUAAUAUUCUAUGGGACAGCAACGAACCCGAUCAGGAUACGAACACGUCAAUUUAACCCGGUACAAGCGCAUUCUCCGUUCUCAUCCGUGCAUUACCCGUUUGCAAUAGACGAUGAUCCGCUAGCACAGGACCAUCGGGGCAACACCGACUUCUUUGCUCCGUCUACCUUUCAGAGUUACCAAGGACCCUACGCUGGUGCAGCAUCUAACGUCCACGCAUCGGUGGCCACUCUUGAUGGUUCUUCGGCUCCUCUGUUGACCAAUCGGCUCCCAGGUGACACACCAGCAGCCUCGGCCUUCGAUUCACCUUCGGUUCCUUCAUCUCAGAUUGCUGACGGUUCCUUCGAUACCACCAGGCAGAUACUUCACAAUUGCGACCCUCAAUGCGAUUCUCAAGGUUGUUAUGGAAAGGGUCCAACUCAAUGCGUCACGUGCAAGAAUUAUCGACUAGACAAUACGUGCGUCAGCCGUUGUCCACCGAGAAGUUUCCCAAAUCAAGGUGGGGUUUGUUGGCCUUGUCACGAGUCCUGCGAGAUUUGUGCUGGUGCUGGUCAGGAUUCCUGCUUAUCGUGUGCACCCGCUCAUCUUCGUGUUACCGAUCUAGCCGUUUGCCUGCAACAAUGUCCAGAAGGUUAUUACGAGAAUACGGAGAACAGCACGUGCGUGCCCUGCGAGGCCAAUUGCGCCAGCUGCCAGGACAGACCAGACAAGUGCACCAGCUGCGAGCAUCAUUUGGUGAUGCACGAGAACAAAUGUUACGCGGCCUGUCCUCUCUACACAUACGAAACGCAGGAUUAUAAUUGCGCGCCCUGUCAUCCCAGCUGCGAAUCUUGUAAUGGCACUGCUGAAAAUCAGUGUAUAGCUUGCCGACGUGGUUUAUUCUCAUUCAGCGGAACCUGUCAUGCAUCUUGUCCGGCUGGCUAUAGUGCUGAUAAAAAUCGACGCGAAUGCGUACCUUGUCCACCAGGAUGUUCAACUUGUGCAACAUCCAUUUGUACCAGUUGCACUGAAGGUUGGAGCUUGAAUAAGAAGGGUAUAUGCGCACCGGAAAGUAGAAAUCGUUGCGACACUGCUGAAUAUUACGACGACGGACACUGCAAACCCUGUCACUCGACUUGCGAAACUUGCGAUGGCUCUACCGAAGACUUCUGUAUAUCCUGUAAAGGUCCACUCCUACUUCAAGGGCGUCGAUGCGUUUCACAGUGCGACGAUGGAUAUUACUCGGCGGUGCAAUCCUCCAGGCCAAUUUGCGUUCCUUGUUUACAUACCUGCAAGAGUUGCGUAUCUCGACUUAAUUGCACAGCCUGUCAAGAUGGUUUACAACUGCAAAGUGGCGAAUGCCGAUCCUCCUGUGCUCAAGGUUAUUACAGCGACAGAGGCCAAUGCGCCAAGUGUUAUCUCUCGUGUAAAACUUGUUCGGGUCCUAGGAGAGAUCAGUGCGUGACUUGUCCAACAGGUUGGCAAUUAGCUGCUGGCGAAUGUCAUCCUGAAUGUCCGGAAGGCUUCUUCAAAUCUAAUUUUGGUUGUCAAAAAUGUCACCAUUAUUGUCGUACAUGUAAAGGUGAGGGUCCACUCGAGUGUACAUCUUGUCCAGCACAUUCCAUGUUGGAAGGUGGUCUAUGCAUGGAAUGUCUCGGUGCACAGUAUUACGAUCCUUUGACACAACUCUGCAAGAAUUGUCAUGCAGAUUGUCGCAGAUGUACAGGACCCGGGAAAUUCAGUUGUGCCGCAUGCUCGCCUCCAUUGCAUUUGGACAAAUUAAACAAUCAGUGUGUGCCCUGUUGUACGGGGCUGGAAAAGGGUCCACACGUCGACGAGUGUUGUCUCUGCGACCCAGAAACCGGUGGCUGCAGGAACAGUUCACCAGCUGGUAAAAGAAGAGUACCAUCUAGAGACUCAUCGUUAUCCGAAGGUUACGAAGUACAAGAUAAAAGUAAUGAAAAUACCAAUGAUUCGGCUACGUUGGUAUUUUCGGCAGCGACAACCUUGGCAGUUGCUGUCUGUUUAGCAUCAGUUGCAUUAUUCGUAACGAUAUUCGUUAUACUUCAAGCAAUAUCAGCAAGAAGACACACGAAUAUGGGUUACACGCAACUAACCGUGAGAAUGGAAUCCGUUGAUGAUGCCGAUGCCGAUGCCGAUGAUACGACGGAACUGAUGACCUAGAACAGAAAAUUAAUAACAAUGUUAACAUCAUCAUCAUCAACAGACAUAGAAGAACCAUCUCCUCUCGUUGAAGAAGAAAAACAAGAAGAAGAAGAAGAAAAAGAAGAGAAGAAUUUAUAAUUGAUCGAUAUCUAUUUCGAUUCAUCGUCACACACAUGCACACAUAUAAUAUAUAUACAGUCAAAAAAUUGCAAGUUUUGGUUAAAAAAAAAAAAAUGUCGUUGGAUGCAUUGAGAUUAUCAACAGAUCGCAUCACUCCCAAUUAUUUGUCGUUGCAAUUGACAAAGGAGAAAAAGAGUAGAAAUAAAAAAAUGGCGGAUGAAGAAGAAGAA